AUGUCUAUGUCAACAAUCUUUCAAAAUAUGUAUCAUUUUUAUUUUAAUUAUCAUCAAUAUGAUAUGCAUUCCGUAUUAACUACUUCAGUAUUUUCUCGACGUAUUCAAUUUGCUGUACGAAUGACUGUUUCAUUUCUUGUUGGUAGUUUUCUUGCUUAUGGGGUUCCAUUCAAUAAUCUAUUAGCAUUACAAUAUUUAAUUCCUGUUAUGUCUAUGUUAUCCAUACAGGAAACAUUUGGAAUGACAAUAUUUGCUUGUUAUCAAAUGUUGACAGCCAUUGUACCUAUAUCAAUUUUUCUCUAUAUAGUUCAAAAGAUUGGUCUUGGAUAUAAAGAUUAUCUUGCAGGUGAACUUAUUCUACUGAUUUCAUCAUUAUUUGUUGCAUAUAAAUGUUCACAAGUUCAAAAUAGAAAAAUUGCUUUAUUAAUUAUCGCAAUAUUUUUUUCAACAAUUGUUAAUCAAGCUAAUCUUCCAUCGACAUUUAUUUUUAUUUUACUUGAAUUAUUUGUCAUUGGAAUGGCUGUUGCUAUAGUUGUAUCUCUUCUUGUCUUUCCACUUUUUGCAACUUUUGAUAUCGAAAAUCGUGUUAAUUAUUGUCUUAAAAAUUUACAAAACAUGCAAACAUUAGUUCUACAAGCAUUUUUAUGUGAGGAUCAAAUGAGUGCACAAGUAUCAUUAGCACGAGCGUCAACUAUUGAACAAAUGAUACGUACGACAAUGAGUUUGAUAACUGCAAGACUUGUGGAAUCUACUUUAGAACCAUCACGAUGUUUACAACGAAUUUUUAAUCGACGACAUAGACAUCUUAUUGAUUUAACAAUCCAAGAACAAGAAGAUUUUAUUACGUCAUUGAUGUUUCAUACAAGUUCACUUCAGUUAAUGGUUAAACAAUGUCAAUUCAAUGAAUAUCAUACUCAUUAUGCAAGAGAACUUCGUGCAACUCUAGUUCAUCUUGAUUUAUGUCAGACAACAGUGAUUUCAAGUUUACUGUCGUCUACAGCAAUUAAUAGAGAUGAAUUCAAUGGUCGUCUGGCAGAUUUAAAACAAGCUCUUGAUACACUUCGUCAAGUUUCAAUUAAAGCUCGUCUUCAUCAAGUCGAACAUGUAUUAGAAUCUGGAUUAACAAUUCGAUCUGAAGAUCAUCUUUCACAUGCAUUUUUCUUCUAUCAAAUAGCAACUAUAGCACGAAUUCUAAUGCGUGUAACAACAGGUGAUGAAAAUAAAAGUUUUUUUCAAGAAAUCAAAGAUCAAAGAAAAAAGAAACAAAAGAAGAAAAGAAGAACUUUAGUGGAAUGGUUAAAACCACAAUGGCCACGAUUUGUAUCAGCUUUUAAAAGUAUGGUUAUUAUUGGAGUUGGCUCACUUUUUGUAAUGGUACCUGGUUUAGCAAAAGUAUUUGAAAAUGGACAAUGGAUUUUAAUUGCUCUUUGUAUGACACAAGGUGAUACAGUAGGUGGUGCAUUAACAACAAUGAAAAUGAGAUUAGUUGGAACUUUAUUUGGUGCAAUGUGGGCUUAUAUAACUUAUUUAGCAGUUUCUGAUAAUGUUUAUCAUACAUUUGGAAUGUUAGUACCAUGGAUACUCUUUUUUGGUUAUUUAAAACCGUUACCUCAGUGGGGUUAUGCCGCUACCGUUGCUUGUUUCACUCCAGUUUUAAUUACUCUUGGUCGAAUACCAUACGGAGAUACACUACCAGCUGGUAAUUAUGCACUUCUUCGAAUAGAAGAAAAUCUUAUUGGUAUUGCGGUUGCUGUUGUACUGACUAUUGCCAUUUUCCCAGUAUUUGCUAUUGAUGUAUUAAAAAAUAAUAUUGACACUACUCUUCAACUCUGUCGAGGAAGUAUUAAUGCAAUGCAUGCAAUCUAUGAUAAAUUAUUUGAAAAUGAACAAUUAGAUGUAACUAUUGUUGACGUAGAAAAACAAAAUGAGCAAGGAAUUAAAUCAUUUAUUGAUGCACAACGUAGUCGUUUUCAUCAAUUAAUUAGUGGUCAACGUGCUCUUAUCGGGCAUACUGCUCUUGAACCUACUUUAUGGUGGUCGAAAAAUAGUUUCGCUUCUGAUCGUUAUAGUAUGUUGGCAGAGCAGCAAAUUGAUAUGUUUCGAAUGUUACAUAAUAUUGACCACAUAUUAUUGCGUAUCCAUGAAUGUUCAAAUACGAGUGAAAAUCAUAUCAAAAGACUACAAUUGUAUGCUGAUGGUGGUUUUCUUCCUGCUAGUCUUCAUAAUGAACUUCGUAAUUUAAGUCGACAAUUAAGUGAUUGUGUUGGUCUAUGGUCAUCAUAUUUUACUUUAACUCAAACACGUUUUUAUCGAAUAUUUCGUAAUUUCAGUUUUAAACGUACAAAAUUAAAUGAAAGUGAUCUUUCAAAACAUACACAGUAUCUUAUUGAACUUAAUCAAACUAUUUAUCGACUACAAAAUCAACAUCAGGAAUCAGUUAAUCGAUUAUUAGAUCAUUAUCUCACUUGCCUAACUCAAGGUGAAGCACUUUCAGAUUUUAUACCUUAUGCUGACAAUAUGAAUGUAUAUAUAAUCUUUAUGGGUAUAGCAGCUUUGUACUAUUCAACAACUCAACUUGCUCGAAAUGCGCUAGCUUUAGGUACAAAUAUUCAUACAAUCUUCGAACUUGAAACAACAACUCUUUAUCGGCCUUUUUAA